CCCCCCCAAAACCACAGAGCUGCCUGCAACACACGCUCGCAGAGGGAGCGAGAAAGCUAGAGAGAGAGGGGAGAGGAGCGUGCAGCAAGCAGCUUCUCAGCAGAACGGCUACAUUGCACAAGCUGCUUUUCUGGAGGAGCUCAGUGGAAGAAAGCUUUGGGAUUUUAUUUUAGAUCCAUUUUAUUUUGUUUUCUUUGGCUUUCCCCUUCCUCUUGAUCAUUUGCAACAACAACAAAAAAAAGUGACUUGGUAUUGGCGAUUCGGCCUUCUGCUCAUUGAGAAAAAAAGAAAGUGUGUGUGUGAGAGAGACAGAGUGAUUUCUUUUUAGGAGCCAAGAAAACCCACCCCGCUCCGGAGAGGUGUUUUUAUUAUUAUAAUACACACACACACACACGUACUUAUAGUCGAUCUGGGGUGAGGGACCUAACUUUGCUCUGGACUUUUUACAUGGUGAUCAUUCUUACUCUAAUUUGCAAGUUGGACUAAAGCAGAGGUUGGAAAAGAAUUUUUUUUUGCUUUAGGGCUGGAUUUAUUUGCAAACCGCAGGAAGAAGAAAAUACAAGAGAGAGAGGGGUUUGGUGCAGCGCUGCGAUCACGGAUUUCAGAUGUGUGCUAAGCCUGUUGGAGUGAGCACGCUUCAGGGCACUGAUGGAGACGAGAGCUCAGAAUGGCAGCGGGUCGCAGUCCUUGCUACAGGUUCGGCGUGACACUGGGAGGCCGCACGGGGAGCCCGACCUGAGGGAUGUCCUGACGCAGCAGGUUCACGUGUUGUCUUUGGACCAGAUAAGGGCCAUCCGAAAUACAAAUGAGUACACGGAGGGACCGACAGUGGCUCCGCGACCAGGGGUCAAAUCUACUCCUCGUGUAGCAACUCAACACAAAAAUGAAAGGCCUCAUGGCUUGCCUGAACAUCGUCAUUUUAGCCGGAUUCAGCAUACGCAAAUGCACACUUCUCCUCGGGCGCCUCUGUCCCGCUCCAUCAGCACAGUCAGUACAGGUUCACGGAGCAGUACAAGGACAAGUACGAGCAGUAAUUCCUCCGAACAAAGACUUUUAGGAUCAUCUUCGGGGCCAGUUGCCGACGGGAUAAUCCGAAUGCAGCCCAAGUCUGAGCUCAAGUCAAGUGAGCUGAAGCCACUGAGCAAAGAAGACUUGGGAGCGCAUACCUACAGGUGCGAGGACUGUGGAAAAUGUAAGUGUAAGGAGUGCACUUAUCCGAGGACCCUCCCGUCGUGUUGGAUCUGUGACAAGCAGUGUCUUUGCUCAGCCCAGAACGUGGUUGAUUAUGGGACUUGCGUGUGCUGCGUGAAGGGCCUCUUCUACCACUGCUCUAAUGAUGAUGAGGACAACUGUGCGGACAACCCCUGUUCUUGCAGUCAGUCACACUGCUGCACGAGGUGGUCUGCCAUGGGUGUGGUGUCCCUCUUUCUGCCUUGCUUGUGGUGUUACCUACCGGCCAAGGGUUGCCUUAAAUUGUGCCAGGGCUGUUACGACCGGGUAAAUAGACCUGGGUGCCGCUGUAAACACUCAAACACGGUUUGCUGCAAAGUUCCCAGCGUCCCCCCCAGGAACUUUGAAAAGCCGACAUAGCAUCACUAAUCGGAAAUAUUAAAGUAAUAAGGGUUAUUUUAACGUAUAUAUGCAACCAACUAAGCAGCUAUGGUCCUGGCACUGUAGUAGAAGGGUUGGGGAUAUACUUUGCUGUUUGCAGUGAACUGCUUUUCCGUGUGUGUGCCAUCUUAACUGAUAUGCUUGUUAGAAUCCAGCUAAUGGGAUACAGAAAAAAAUGGGAUUCAGUACAUUGUGACCCACAUAUUGCAUAAGCUAAAGCAACACAGACACUCCUAGGCAACUCUAUUGUUUGUGAAUAGUACUUGCAAAAUUUGUAAAUUAGCAAAUGACUCCUUUUUUCAUUGUUUUCUGCCAGAGAUAAUGUGCUAUAUUUUUGUAUAUACAAUAAUAUUUUCAACUGUGAAAAAUAAGUGGUGUCAUAAGACAUGGCACAGUCACAAAAUAUUAUACUAAUAUGUUGUACAUUCGGAAGAAUGUGAAUCAAUCAGUAUGUUUUUAGAUUGUAUUUUGUCUUACGGAAACCUUCUAUUACAAGACUCUGAUUUCCCUCUGGACUUCAUGUAUAUUGUACAGUUACAGUAAAAUUCAGCCUUUAUUUUCUAAUUUUUUCAACAUAUUGUUUAGUGUAAAGAAUAUUUAUUUGAAGUUUUAUUAUUUUAUAAAAAGAAAUAUUUAUUUUAAGAGGCAUCUUACAAAUGUCACCCCUUUUUAUGAGGACGUCAUAGUUGCUGCAAAUAAGGGGUGAACGAUGCAUAUGUUCACUAUAAAAUAGAAAAUAUAUUAACGUUUGAAAUUAAA